CCCAACGCCUUCUGUAGUACCUCAAAGAAAACCUGAUGCGACCACUCCAGAUUGUUCCAAGCCGAUUCAUUUCCCAGCUGUGUUGUAGACUGAAGCUUCCAGGCUCCCCACAAAGCAAGAUUUGCCUCACCAUGGCUCGUCCAAGUUCAAAUAUGGCAGAUUUCCGGAAGUGUUUUGCAAGCGCAAAGCACAUAGCCAUCAUCUCAGGGGCUGGUGUUAGUGCGGAGAGUGGGGUUCCCACUUUCAGAGGAGCUGGAGGUUAUUGGAGAAAAUGGCAAGCUCAGGACCUAGCGACUCCUCAGGCCUUCGCCCGCAACCCGUCACAGGUGUGGGAGUUCUACCACUACCGGAGGGAGGUCAUGCGGAGCAAGGAACCCAACCCUGGACACCUGGCCAUUGCCCAGUGUGAAGCUCGGCUGCGAGACCAGGGCCGACGGGUUGUAGUCAUCACCCAGAACAUUGAUGAGCUGCACCGAAAGGCUGGCACCAAGAACCUGCUAGAAAUUCACGGAACCUUAUUUAAAACUCGGUGUACCUCGUGUGGCACUGUGGCUGAGAAUUACAAGAGUCCAAUUUGUCCAGCUUUAGCAGGAAAGGGGGCUCCAGAACCAGAAACUCAGGAUGCCAGAAUCCCAGUCGACAAACUUCCCCGGUGUGAGGAGGCAGGAUGCGGGGGCUUGCUGCGACCUCAUGUGGUGUGGUUCGGAGAAAACCUGGAUCCUGCUGUUCUGGAGGAGGUGGACAGAGAGCUCGCCCUCUGUGACCUGUGUCUAGUGGUGGGGACGUCCUCUGUGGUCUACCCAGCUGCCAUGUUUGCCCCUCAGGUGGCUUCCAGGGGAGUCCCAGUGGCUGAGUUUAACAUGGAAACCACCCCAGCCACCAACAGAUUCAGGUUUCAUUUUCCAGGACCCUGUGGGACAACUCUUCCCGAAGCCCUCGCUCCUCAUGAAACUGAAAGGGUGUCUUAAUAGUCCCUUGGACUGUGUAGCACAUAACCAGGGCACUAACAGGAGAGGAGGUUUUGUGGAUGGUGAGCUGAACUUUGGGAAAUCUAAACAUGUCCUUUGAGCCCCCAGAGGACAGUCAAUCUAUGAAGUAAUUGGGCUUCAAAACACCAACAGUAAAUGUGUUUUCUCUGGAGAGGUUGACAGACUGUCAAGUUCGUCCAUAUUAUUUGAUUUCAACAGAAAAAGGAGUAUUUUGGAUUUGCUGUUCUUGGUCAGUUACUAGGAAGAACAAUUUGUAAUUAAAUUGCUUGAGACGAAGGUAAUUAUGCUGAUUGUUUGCAUCUAGCAUCCAUUAACAUGCUAAAAGUUAAACCCUAGUAUUUCUUUUUUUUUCUUUGCACAAAUUUUUUGUGGAAAUAAAACCGUUCUUUAAGGUUGGUAACUUAUUGUAUA